AUGGGGGCUGUCAGAGCACAGCAGUUGUGCUGGGCGAUCCUCGGCUUCCUCCUACUCCAAGGAGGAGAGAGUCACAUAUUUGAUCUGGGGCUGGGGGACCAGGCUGUUGUAGAAACUGCAGAAAUGGCAGAGAUUAAAGGCCACACCUACCAGCUCACAACAGAGCAGCCCUCUAACUCUCAAGGGGACAGCCCUUCCUCAGAGCCCAACAGCCCAAGCCCUCUGUCCAGCACUGGUACCCCAGCCACUCCAGAGAAGGCCUCGCAGGUCCCCAUGGUAGCCAAUAAACCCAUGAUGCCAAGGUCAAGCACCAUGGAUGAUCACUCCCCGUUCUUGCUGGGCCUGACUCGGCCCCAGCCACAGCAGCACACAUCAGGACUUGGCACCUCUCAAAAUGUUACUCCCAAAUCAGCCACCAUGAGCCUGAGAACAAGAGAAGACUCCACCAUCUUGGCCAGCCCUACAUCAGAGACGGUGCUCACUGUGGCCGCAUUUGGUGUUAUCAGCUUCAUUGUCAUCCUGGUGGUUGUGGUGAUCGUCCUAGUCAGUGUGGUCAGUCUAAGGUUUAAGUGUCGGAAGAACAAAGAGUCUGAAGAUCCCCAGAAACCUGGGAGUUCAGGGCUAUCUGAAAGCUGCUCGACAGCCAAUGGAGAGAAAGACAGCAUCACCCUCAUCUCCAUGAAGAAUAUCAACAUGAAUAACAGCAAAGGAUGUCCCUCAGCAGAGAAGGUUCUUUAAAAGUGAUCUGGGGUCCCCACGAGUCCGAGGAUGAUAUGGCUGCCCUGUGACUAUUAGGAGGAAGGCGAUGGGAUCAGGAGAGGCAAUGAACCACAUAUAAAUUAUUUUAUUAUUUCACAUCUACUCCCAGAUCUAAAGGACACUAGCAUUCCUCUAGAUCUGGGAGCAAACUACCAACA